AUGUUAGUAUAGUUUGAAUUUAUUCAAAUGUUGUCAGUUAUUUGCCAAGGAAACAUUUUAUUUAAGUUUUUUAGGUUGAAGUUUUUCUGUCUAAUUUUUAUAUUUUACUUCAUUUAAAUUACUCACAAUUUUAAUAGUUUUCAUUUUAGUUAAAGUUUGCAAAUGCAACACCAACCCUGUUUCACAGAUAAGGCUUAAUCUAGUCAUAGACUGAAAUGCAUGUUUGAGCUGCUUUAGCUGAAAGCAACUUGUACUGACAUAUCUUAAAACAUGUCACUGCCAUAGUUUAGUCUCAAGAUGCACACCAGUAAUGUUUUUUUCUAGUGCAAGUUUAUAAAAGCUACUUAAAUGCCCUAAUUAAACAAAGACCUAAUCCUGGCUUAGGCUAAGCCCUGUCUGUGAAACCAGGCCCAAGUGUGGCAAAAGUGUCCAAUUCAUUCGCAGGAUCUUGCAACCAGAAGUCAAAAAAAGAUUUACAGAUGUAUGUUCAGUGUUUCACCACAAAACAGAACAAAAAUCUCACCUUGGGUUGACAAUUCAUAACAUUACAAAUGAACUCUGACCUAGAGAUGGCAUCAUAGUGCACACUAGGUUUUCACAAGCAGAGUAUCAGUGUGGUAAGGUGUUCCUCUCUGUUGCUCUCUUUGUCUCGUUGAGGCGUGAGUGAUUAAGCUUGCGUUAGGAGUCAUUAUCUGAGUGUUUGCACAGCUCCAUCUGUCCUGAAUGGGCCCAGAGGGUAAACACAAACGUAAUACAGGAUACACUUGCACAAGAGACUCAAGGCCUUUUCAUAGUCAAACACACACACACACCAGUGCCAUUCACUUCCCCCUGAAUCUCCACUGACUAAUUUAAACAUCCUCAUCACAGUUAGAGGAGUAACUUGUGGCAUCUUCCAGGUAUUUUUUUGACUAACAUGAAUUUUCAUUGUGUUGAUCUGUUAAGCCAUUGUUAUAAUACGCCUAACCCGUGUAACAUCACAUUUUUUAUUUAAUUUAGGGUGGAUACCAUGUCAUAGUUUAAGACUAAUUAAGUGAUUAAAAGCUCAAUUUCACAAUGAUAUGAAUGACACCUGUUAUACCAAAACGAUAGAUAGAUAGAUAGAUAGAUAGAUAGAUAGAUAGAUAGAUGGAUGGGGCAGUUCUUUUCACACAGAUGAUUGUCUGUCAGUGGCCCCUGGUAAAAAGGGGUUGGGGCCUGAAAGUUGUGGGCGUGUCAUUGCGGGUGGAGUAUUUUCACUCCACUGAACCUCUACGGAGUGAGUAAUUACUGGCUCGGCAGCCAACAGAGGGAACACACGCUCUGCCACACAGAAAAAUACGUUCUCAACAAAUUAGUAGAAGAGUUUAGUGUGGAAUUGUGGAGUUUAUACAUGUUAAAGUGCGUGAAAGGACUCCAGUGGACUGCUGGGAAACACACUGAAGGAGAUGGCAGGAAGCACCUGAAACCUGUUGCCCUGAGCACUAGUGCGAAAGGUGAUUUUUUUAUUAUUCCUGCUAUUCACCUUUAUUAUACUCUUAAAAAAGGAUUUCAUUUUUGGACGUCAGAUUUAUUUUCUUUGUUUUCUUCUCGCUUUUUCGGCGUCUUUUUUUUUGUGAAUCCGCCGGAUUGCAUUCAUCGGAUGCAUUCACCUGCCAUGUGGAAUUUAAAGCAGAUAAGAAAGGAAACCGACGCUUAAAAUGUUACUUUGUUACAAAGUAUCUGCGGGAAAUGAACUUUCGACCUUAACACGGUUUACUUGGUGAAUGAUUGACCAUUCAGUCCAUGGUUGCGCGUGCUCUUCCACGCCCGUGUUUAGAAUCAUGGUCUGUUUGAAAUGCACUCACACAGUUGGAAGAAAGUGUCCUCGGGAUCUGGAAUGAAACUUCACUGUGAUUUACAACCUUGUGGACUGUGGACAUGCUGCUGGAGCAAUUAAGGUUUCCUUUUGGGAUUUCUUCUUUCCGAAACGCAGCAAUAAAUUAAAAAAGAAAGAAAGGAAGGAAGGGGGGAAAAACCUGAGCUGAGAAAAUACUCAAGAAUUGAAAUUCAUAGUUUUCCAGUAUGAGGAAACCUGCAGAUAAGCAUCAUUUCACCAUGGAGACCUCUGGGAUGCACCUGGUCGGAUUUUGGCUUCAUGUUCUGCUGCUGCUGCUGCAACUGUCUCGGCUCGGCGAUGCUGCCUCUAAGGAUAUAGUGUGCGAGCCCAUCACCGUACCGAUGUGCAAAGGGAUCGGAUACAAUCACACCUACAUGCCCAACCAGUUCAAUCAUGACACUCAGGAUGAAGUCGGCUUGGAAGUGCACCAGUUUUGGCCACUUGUCCGAAUCCGUUGCUCCCCGGACUUGCUUUUCUUCCUGUGCAGUAUGUACACCCCAAUCUGCCUUCAGGACUACAAAAAACCUUUGCCGCCUUGCAGGUCUGUGUGUGAGAGAGCUAAAAGGGGUUGCUCCCCCCUCAUGAUCCAGUAUGGGUUUGAGUGGCCAGAGCGGAUGAGUUGCGAGCAGCUGCCCAUGUUGGGUGACACCGAUAGGCUUUGUAUGGAUAGGAACAGCACUGAGACUACAACUUUAUCACCUCCUUUCUCCAAACCCACUCCUAAGGGAACAUCACGACAUAGAGCCACUGCAAAAUCCGCUCCUCCGCAGAAGUGUGAACGUGACUGCCGUUGUCGAGACCCCCUGGUGCCCAUCAAAAAAGAAGCACAUCCUCUCCAUAACCGUGUAUAUACUGGCUCUUUACUCAACUGUGCUUUGCCCUGCCACCAACCUUACUUUUCCCCUGAUGAGCGUACCUUCACAACCUUCUGGAUCGGACUGUGGUCGGUGCUGUGCUUUGUCUCGACGCUUACCACCGUGGCCACUUUCCUCAUCGACAUGGAGCGUUUCAAAUAUCCAGAGCGGCCGAUUAUCUUCCUUGCUGCUUGUUAUCUGUUUGUGUCGCUGGGGUACAUCGUGCGACUGCUCGCGGGCCACGAGCGAGUAGCUUGCGAGGGCUCCGGCGACCAACAGCACAUCCUCUACGACACCACGGGUCCGGCCCUUUGCACGCUGGUUUUCCUGCUCAUUUACUUCUUUGGAAUGGCCAGCUCCAUCUGGUGGGUGGUGCUUUCCUUCACCUGGUUUCUGGCGGCAGGAAUGAAAUGGGGUAACGAGGCCAUUGCGGGCUACUCUCAGUACUUCCACCUUGCUGCUUGGCUCGUUCCUAGCGUCAAGACCAUCGCUGUCUUGGCUUUGAGUUCUGUGGAUGGAGACCCAGUGGCUGGGAUCUGUUACGUCGGCAAUCAGAGCUUGGAGAGCUUACGUGGCUUCGUAUUGGCGCCUCUGGUCGUCUACCUCUUCACCGGCUCCCUCUUCCUGCUGGCUGGCUUUGUUUCCCUCUUCCGGAUCCGUAGUGUCAUUAAACAGGGCGGCACAAAGACAGACAAGCUAGAGAAGUUAAUGAUCCGGAUUGGGCUCUUUACCGUCCUUUACACGGUGCCCGCAACUAUUGUGGUAGCAUGCCUGGUGUACGAGCAACAUUACAGGCCAGGUUGGGAGCGGGCGCUGGCCUGUUCUUGCCCAUCAGAGCGCCAGCGGCUCGGCAUGGGCCCGGACUAUGCCGUCUUCAUGUUGAAGUACUUCAUGUGUCUUGUAGUAGGCAUUACCUCAGGUGUUUGGAUCUGGUCAGGGAAGACUCUGGAGUCCUGGAGGCGCUUUGUGGCAAGGUACAUGCCCUGUAGGACCCGGAAGCCACCUGUAUCGGGCUCGUCCAUGUACAGCGAAGCCAGUACCGCUCUCACAGCCCGAGCUGGAACAGCACCCACUGGGACCUAUCACAAAUCAGCACCCUCAUCACAUGUCUGAACAUUGGCCAGGAACCCCUGAUCCUUUAUAAACCCUACAACAGUGACGCAUGAAGUGUGCAGGUCAUGACUCUAAAUGAGCAGGUGUCUAUUCGACCUUCCACCAACAUCACCAGAUUUAAUGGACGGCAUGAAUAUAAUAUUAUGAAGGAUUUUUACAGACUAUUGGUUGUUUUGUUGUAAUCAAGCUCUUUUCAUUCACUGGUCUAAUUUAAAAAGCAAUGAACAUGUUGAUACUUUGUGAGGAAAAGAUUUCAACUUACAAUUAGCUGCUGUCUGUGGCUUUUAGAUCAUGAAUGAUGGAAAAAAAAAAGAUCUGAGAGGUUAGUACUUUAUAUGAGUCAAGACAAAUUGAUGAGUUUUUGGAGAUAUUUUAUUUAUUUGUGUAUUCUUGUAAAUAUGCUAUUCAAGAACAUUGUGAUAUCUCAGAGUCGCUCUGUUGUGUUUGUGACUUUAUCGGCAUUUUACAGGAUGUGGGUAUGUUUUGUUCCAUCAUUUUAAAUACCAUCUCAAGUCUUCUAAUUUACAAAUGUGUUUUAGGUAGGCCGUGAGUAGAUGCUUUCCUUCGCUCUCUGUAAGCAACAACACUGUUCCAGCUUAGUGAAGCAGCAGUUCACAUUCACUUUAAGUUGUUGCAGGCAGUUCUACACCGGUUCAUGCUCACCGUAUAUUCUUAAGGGUCCCUCAACAGCCCCUUACCAGGUUGUGUUUCAAAGAUUGUCAAGCUAUCUCUCCACUGAUAAUAGAUUGUUGGUUAGCAUCUAUUCGGCAGUGUUAAAUGAUAGGAUGUGUAUGUACCAUCUAUAGACUUGUUUGGAAAGUCUGUAGCUCUAUAAUGUGAGCUUGACUUCCCUCUUGUGGUCAAGGGUUCAGGUGUUAACCAGCAGCCAUACUAGGUUUGUUGAAUAGAACUUAAAAGGCCAAAUAUUAACUGGUUUCAAAACAAUGUGGAACAUUAAUUUCUUUUGGUCUGUUUGAAAGACUUUUAUUUACAUCAAUUUCCUUGUCGAGCCUCAUGAUCCUUUGGUAAUUUUGUUUGUCAUUUCACCUUAUUUGUGUUUUGAAUCAGAAAACCAGUGUUGGGUAUGCACUUUUAGCAGACAGAAUCUGUAAACCUGUGUUGGUUUCGUAGAUCUGUGUGAAAUCUUUCAGUGGAGCAUUAAUAUGUAAAUGGUUUCUGUUUACUGUCCAAGCUGUUGUAGAAACACACUUCCUGUGUAGUCUUCAAAACGCCUCACAAUUUUGCUGCAUGUCUGGUUGAGUGUACAUACUCGUUUGGCUCUAUUCAUAUGUAAAUCUUGUAGAAUACAUGUCCUUUUAAGAGUCCAGACUGCAACUUUGUACAUAUGUUUUGUAAAAGAUAUGAAAUUCAGUGCUACAAUUUUAAAGAGAUCCUUAGAUAUUUAUGAAAAGUGUCUUUUACAUGUUUCUUUUUUCUCUUACUGGUAGAGAAUAAAAGUGAGGAGCAAUUUGUGAGCCUGCAAGUCAA